AUGAAGUUCAGCAUCGAAUCCACCGCUUCAUAUAAUAGCAUCCAUCCAGCUUACCAUUACACUGAGCAAUUCGCUAACAAUGGAGAAACUUAUCGAGAUGGCACUAAAUGGUAUGGCGUGUUCCUAGCAUUCUUAUCAGGAACUUUCUUCACCGUCAGUUCUGCUCUGGUUAAAGCAAUUCGCAAUGUGGAUCCCAUGAUUCUAUUGGCCAUUCGUGCUGUCGUACAAAUCUUAGUAAUGGCCAUCAUAGCAUGUAAAUCAUCCAACGAUCUCACGGGGUCUUCUGGUCGGAAACUGCUUAUACAUGUUCAGGGUAUAGUAGGUGGCAUGACUUUGUCGUUGCUGUAUUAUAGCUUCAGAGAAUUACCUCUGGGCGAUGCUACCACGAUCAUAUUUAGUUCUCCAGUGAUCGUAAUUGCGCUUUCUUUCCUUUUUUUAAAAGAACCUUGCGGCGUGCUACGCAUAGUAGUAGUCUGCACACUCUUUGGUGGGGUUAUUUUAGUCGCCAGACCACCAUUUUUAUUUCAGAUGCAUAGAACCGAGCACUAUAACUUCAUGGGAUACAUUUGCGCUCUCCUGGCAACCCUCUUUAUGGCCCUCAACAUCGUCAUUAUGAGAAAAUGUUCAGAAAUACACUAUUCCAUCAUAGUUCUGAAUUUAUCAAGUUGGUCAUUUGUCUCUGCAGUGUUCUUUUACUUCGUGGUAUCUGAUGGUUAUGAGCACAAGUUCAAAUUGCCGUUUGAUUGGUUCGUUUGGGGCCAAAUCCUUUUGGUGGCGUUCACCGGCCUCAUGGGACAGGUGCUGGUGACGAAAGCGUUGAAGAUCGAAAGCGCGGGUAAAGUGUCUGUUACUAGAUCCCUGGAUAUUAUCUUGGCGUAUGUAAUUCAGGUAUACCUCUUUGGCGAGAAGCCCACGUCGACUAGUGUAACUGGCGCGAUCCUUAUUAUUUUCUCUGUCAUUUGUAUGGGUUUCGAGAAAGAGAUAUAUUCUAUUUGUGAUUUUAUUCCCUAA